AGAUCAGUUGAGUAUUCAGUUGCCAAAGUCAUUUUGCUGUUGCCAGAAGCUCAAAAACAACCGAAGAUGAAGCUCCCCAAUUGCUUGUUGUGUUCAAAAACAACAGUACUGAUCUGGUUGAGUCCCGUUUUUCUGAGCACAUUAUGGUACCUUGUGGACCGCCUUUGGGAGUCUGCAGUACAGACGGUGGAAGUGAAACAUGUGUUUGAGGAGAUUCAUUGCUCCAAUGUGUUCAACGUGUCCUCAAAUUUUAGCACAUAUCGACAAUUCAAUCCCAAAGUCAUUUCCACCAAAUUCCUGUCAUCCCAAACAAAUGCCAAUUGCCUGGAUGGCCUAUUAUCCAAUUGCAGGAGCUUUUCCGUUAUAUAUGAUGAAUUUUUGGAACACGUUCCAAUCCGGAUAUCCAACCAAGGUCGUUACAUUACGGGUGUGCACGAGAAUUCGAGAAAUUUUGUGAUUAUGUCAAAUACCGAAACCUGCUUCCGUGAUUGGAUCCGAUUUUGUACCUUAACCAAUGCUGUGGCAUUAUUGGCUGAUGCCCCUGAAGGAUGUCACCUUUUGGAGAGGAUCGAAGUUCAUGUCCCGAGAAUUUUGACCGUGGCUGCCAAAGCCGAGGCCGUGAAACAGCGCACAGACGUCCAUGGAAGAAUGUCUGACUUCUUUACCAAAGACCGGUUUUCAUGUGUUGAAAACGCCCAAGUAACGAGCCUGAACUUCGAGCUUCUUGAUUAUAUCAACAACGUGUGGCAUAUAGAAUAACAAAACAAAGCUGAAAUAUAGCAAUGGUAUAGCAAUGGUCCAUCAGAACAUCACAGAUGGGCGUUGUUUCUUUUCAUUGACAUUAAUUGUU